AUGUGCACGCGCAUCUUGCCAUCCCUCGAAACAAAGACUUUGCAUACACUCUCUUUUCAGAUCCCUGGUCAAGAGGGAUAUUUUGGUACCGGUGAAGGUCCUCUCCAGCUUUCUUGGGCAAGAUACUAUAUAUUGCAAAUGCCAUUUAUAUAUUCUGGUCCGUCAGGAGUAUGGAUACCACCAGCAGGAGUUGAAAGAGUAGGCACAUUUAAAGGUGAUGCUAUCCAGGUAAAAUACAUUCCGAUGCUCUCGAGAAGGUGAUC